GGGGCCGGGGCGGGAGCGGGGCUGGCAUCGCGGGAUAACGCGGGGGGGGCCUGUCCCGGCUGCCCCCGUCGCUGGAGGCCCGAGCCCCGGGGCGGCGCGGGGUUGGUCUGUGCGACCCGGGUCGGUCUUCCGGGUUCGCAUCGAGCACGUCCCGGCGSAGGAGCAGAGCCCGGAACCGGCUUCUCGGAGAGGGAAAAGCGUCCGGACCGGCGGGGCCAGAGGAGCAGGUCUCUGGCCAGGAUGGCGCAGUGGAACCAGCUACAGCAGCUCGACACUCGGUACCUGGAGCAGCUCCACCAGCUCUACAGUGACAGCUUCCCCAUGGAACUSCGGCAGUUCCUGGCACCAUGGAUUGAAAGCCAGGACUGGGCAUAUGCUGCCAGCAAGGAGUCUCAUGCCACGCUGGUGUUCCACAACCUGCUGGGGGAGAUCGACCAGCAGUACAGCCGCUUCCUGCAGGAGUCCAACGUCCUCUACCAGCACAACCUGCGCCGCAUCAAGCAGUUCCUGCAGAGCAGAUAUUUGGAGAAGCCAAUGGAAAUAGCCCGCAUCGUGGCUCGCUGCCUGUGGGAAGAGUCCCGGCUCCUCCAGACAGCUGCCACMGCAGCCCAGCAAGGGGGACAAGCAACACAUCCAACAGCAGCUGUGGUGACAGAGAAGCAGCAGAUGCUGGAGCAGCACCUGCAGGAUGUCAGGAAGAGGGUGCAGGAUCUGGAGCAGAAGAUGAAAGUGGUGGAGAAUCUUCAGGAUGAUUUUGAUUUUAACUACAAGACUUUGAAAAGUCAAGGAGACAUGCAGGACCUGAACGGGAACAACCAGUCAGUGACCCGGCAGAAGAUGCAGCAGCUGGAGCAAAUGCUGACAGCACUGGACCAGAUGCGCAGGGGCAUAGUGAGCGAGCUGGCUGGGCUGCUGUCAGCCAUGGAGUAUGUGCAGAAGAUGUUGGCAGAUGAGGAACUGGCAGACUGGAAGAGGAGGCAGCAGAUUGCCUGCAUCGGUGGCCCACCCAAUAUCUGCCUGGACAGGCUUGAGAACUGGAUAACCUCUCUGGCUGAAUCACAGCUACAGACCCGGCAGCAGAUCAAGAAGUUGGAAGAACUSCAGCAAAAAGUAUCCUAUAAGGGUGACCCAAUCGUCCAGCACCGGCCCAUGCUGGAAGAGCGGAUUGUGGAGCUGUUCAGGAACCUGAUGAAAAGCGCUUUCGUCGUGGAGAGGCAGCCCUGCAUGCCCAUGCACCCYGACCGGCCCCUGGUCAUCAAGACAGGGGUGCAGUUCACCACCAAAGUCAGGUUGUURGUCAAGUUUCCAGAGCUGAACUAUCAACUGAAAAUCAAAGUCUGCAUUGACAAGGACUCCGGGGAUGUUGCAGCACUUCGGGGGUCCCGCAAGUUUAACAUCCUGGGCACCAACACCAAGGUCAUGAACAUGGAGGAGUCGAACAAUGGCAGCCUUUCAGCAGAGUUCAAGCACCUGACCCUGCGGGAGCAGCGCUGUGGCAAUGGAGGCCGAGCCAACUGUGACGCCUCACUGAUUGUCACCGAGGAGCUGCACCUYAUCACUUUUGAGACAGAGGUGUAUCACCAGGGGCUGAAGAUCGACCUGGAGACCCACUCGCUGCCUGUGGUGGUMAUCUCCAACAUCUGCCAGAUGCCCAAUGCCUGGGCAUCCAUCCUGUGGUACAACAUGCUGACCAACAACCCCAAGAACGUGAACUUCUUCACCAAGCCGCCCAUCGGGACCUGGGACCAGGUGGCAGAGGUGCUGAGCUGGCAGUUYUCCUCCACCACAAAACGSGGCCUCAGCAUCGAGCAGCUGACCACGCUGGCAGAAAAACUGCUGGGACCAGGUGUGAAUUACUCUGGCUGUCAGAUCACCUGGGCCAAGUUCUGCAAGGAGAACAUGGCUGGCAAAGGSUUCUCUUUCUGGGUCUGGCUGGACAACAUCAUUGACUUGGUGAAGAAAUACAUCCUGGCGCUGUGGAAUGAAGGGUACAUCAUGGGGUUCAUCAGCAAGGAGCGGGAGCGAGCCAUCCUGAGCACCAAGCCYCCGGGAACCUUUCUGCUGCGCUUCAGUGAGAGCAGCAAGGAAGGUGGCAUCACCUUCACGUGGGUGGAGAAGGACAUCAGUGGGAAGACGCAGAUCCAGUCGGUGGAGCCUUACACCAAGCAGCAGCUGAACAACAUGUCGUUUGCUGAGAUCAUCAUGGGCUACAAAAUCAUGGAUGCCACCAACAUCCUGGUGUCCCCGCUGGUGUACCUGUACCCAGACAUCCCCAAGGAGGAGGCGUUUGGAAAGUACUGCCGCUCUGAGAGUCAGGAACAUUCUGAAGCCACGGACUCAGGUAGUGCUGCUCCAUACCUGAAGACCAAAUUCAUCUGUGUCACUCCCACYUCCUUCAGCAACACCAUCGACCUGCCCAUGUCCCCGCGCACCCUGGACUCGCUCAUGCAGUUCGGCAACAGCAGCGAGGGCGCGGAGAACAGCGCGGGCGGGCAGUUCGAGUCGCUGACCUUCGACAUGGAGCUGACCCCAGAGUGUGCGUCCUCGCCCAUGUGAGGGGCUGCGCCGGCGCACGGGGCCCUCCCUGGGCUCAGCCUUCCCAUCUCCAGAGCGCUCCCCCGGAUUUGUCCCGCUCGGCUGCCGCUGCUCCGGGCCUGCCCUCGGGAACAGCUUGGGGCCGGGGUGUCCCUGGAUGGGUCAGGUCCUCACCUCACCCAACAGAGCAGCCCCUCUCAUCUCUGGGGGAGGGGGAUGAACCUUUUUCUAUUUCCUUCCAUAACAGUUUUUUAUUAUUUUUGCUCAUUCAAGUGCCUAUUCGCCUCCGAUUGCAGCCACAGUUCCUACAAACACUCCCACAGCCCCAGUCCUGCUGCAGGAAGCUGCUGCCCUGACUGCCCGCAMCCAAACCCACAAAGACCCUACAAUUGGAAUUGCAGAGGGGAUUGGCCAUGUUUUGCAUCUGUCUCUGCUGCUCCCAGAGCUUGCAGGSUGCAGRGCUGGGUCCCCUCUGUGCCCYAGUUUUGGGGCACAGGGCUCAGAGCUGCAGGUGGAUGUAUCUAGGUGCUCCUGCCUUGACAGGGCACUGCCCCUGCUGGACUCAGCCUGGCUUUGCUGGGAGCCCAGAGGGUCGGGAGCUGUUUGUGCUUGCCCCCAGCUUCCUGCUUUGGGCACAGCAGUCUGGCCAAUGCCAGCAGCCCGGGCUCCUGCUGGCAUGGCUGGUGUCCCUGGGGUGGGGACAUYUGCAGCUGUGGCCCAUUUUGGGAGCUGGGUGAAGGCACAGGGGGCUGUCCUGGCUUUCCUGUGGCCAGGCUGGUGCAGGGAGCACGGUCAUGCUUCCAGCACUGUGCUGAGUUGGACCCUGGGGAGCUGGUGACAGCAGGGCACCUGGCCUGUUCCUUUCUCUGUGGGUUGUGUGGGGCCAGCCAUGGGGUCUGCAAUGUUUUUGGGGGCUUUGUGUGGCAUUUCUGUUGGAGUUAAGGUAGAAAGGGGCAAGAGUUGAAGGAAGCAGGUGGAUGUGAGGAGAGGAGCCUGCUGCAGGGCAGCGCAGGACAGAGACAUGGGUGUUGUGAAGGGCAGGGCUCCUGACUUUUGGGAGGGUUGAUGGUUGUGGUCCUGCAUUUACCAGAAUUGUCAGAGCCCUCCUGCCCUUUUCAUGCAGAGGGCACACAGACACRGAUGAGCAGUGGAGGGGUGGGGGAGGCAGUGGGAGAGCUGUCCCCUCCAAAUUGCAUCACAGCUGCUGGGCAGGGAACCAGAGGGCAGGGGGGAGGAUCCCCAUGGCUGUGGGGUCUGGGCAAACCCCUCCAAGCUGUAGGAGCAGGAUGGGGGGGCCCAUGGCUGGCCCUGGGGGUGCUCAGAGGGGAGGAGGGCCCUUUGCCCCUGUGCUCGCUCACCAUAGCUGCCUCCAGCCACAACCCCUGGAGCCCAGGGCAACAUUCAAUACUGUAAAAAAUUUUAUUUUUUUGUAUAUUUUAUUGCUGUAUCUACAGGCUUUAACUUUCUCCGAAAUAAAGGCCCUGACACGA